AUGUCGAUACAGACAGACAGAAUUCAUCCAUUACGAGCCAUUACAUAUGGCGUUCUCGAUACGAGCGGGUUAGAUGGUCUUUGGAUAAAAAUGCUUGCCAGGGAUCAAGAUGCAAGCUAUCUCAGUCAUCCACCCAAAGAAUAUGCAUCUUUGGAUAUUACUAUACAUGACGCUGUAACUACAAUGUGUCAGAAAUUGGUUGAUAACUGCCGCAAUUCAGUAGAUUGUGGUGUGGUUAAAAGAAUCAAAUCUGUCACUGUGCCAAUGGAUGUGGAUGACGAACCUGCUAGAGUCCAGCUGCAGGCUGAGGCAGCGCUCAGCGUGCUAGAAACUUUGCGCCAGAUUUGGGCAUAUCCAUCAUCUGACCCAGUGAUGGAUUAUAACGAAGGAACAUACAUCGCGAAAAUUAUGAUUGUUCGAAGGGUUCAAAUAUGGAACAUUCUUGCGCCAAACACUGAUGGCAAUCACCGCUUUAAGAUUCGAUGA